AUGAGUUUGGAUAACUACGAAAACCAUUCAAGACCAGAGUUGGUAUCAUUUGAUGAUAUCAACUAUGAAACUUUGGCUGAUGUGCAGAAGGCAAGAUCAUCUAUGAAUAGGGAACAGUGGAUAAGAACCUAUGCUUUGAGAGUGACCAGAGACGCAUUAAUAAAGUGUAAGCAUUAUCAUCAAGAAGAUGCCCAAGAAAUGUGCAAGCCCAUUACCUUGAAAUAUUUAAAGAUGAUUGAAGAUCACAGAUUGGAAGGUUACUUGGGCUAUCAAAAGAAUGAUCCUUCAAAGUAG